UCCAACCACCUCUCUCCUGUGUUUGGGUUUGCAGGAGCCCUCACCACAAUGUUCACGAGCAAGAAACACUUCACCAGUGCCAUUGUUGGGGCACUGGUCGCACUCUCCCUUAUUGCCCUUGUUCUCAGCCUGGUGAGCAUUGAAGAUGUCACCCUGCCACCCACUGCCAAGUAUGGGAUGGUGUUUGAUGCAGGCUCAUCCCACACCUCUCUGUUUGUCUACGAGUGGGAUUCAGACAAGGAGAACGACACCGGUGUGGUCAGCCAGACCUUGUCCUGUGAUGUCCAUGGACAAGGCAUAUCAAGCUAUGCCAAUGAUCCCCCGAAAGCUGGUGAUUCCAUAAGGGAGUGUCUGGAUAAAGCCCUGAAGGUUGUUCCUGCUGCAAAACAGAGGGAAGUCCCAGCUUAUCUUGGAGCAACGGCAGGAAUGAGGCUACUGAGGGAGCAGAACAGCUCAGCAGCAGAGCAAGUCCUGGCUGAAGUCACUAAAACCAUGCAAGAGUACCCAGUGGCUUUCAAAGGGGCUCGAAUCCUUACAGGAGAGGAGGAGGGGGCUUAUGGCUGGAUCACCACCAACUACCUGCUGGACUCCUUCACUAAGUACUCGCCCAAAGCACACACAUGGGUUCAUCCAGAGGCAGCCAACAUUUUUGGGGCACUGGAUCUUGGAGGAGCAUCCACCCAAAUCAGCUUUAUACCCGAAGGUUCAGUGGUGAACUGGAAGGAAGGCUCCAAGUUCACACUGUACGGGUAUGACUACAGCAUCUACACACACAGCUACCUCUGCUAUGGCCAGAACGAGAUGCUGAAGCGACUGGCAAAGGAACUGAUUGCGGAGUCGUCCCCCAGUGCCCGAGUCCAUCACCCCUGCUACCCAACAGACUACAAUGAAACCGUGUCGCUGUCUUCCUUCCGCACCAGCCCCUGCACGAACCAGAGCGACCCACGCCUGGGCCCUGGCGACAGGAACGUCACCCUGGAGGGCAGGGGCGAUGCCAGCGGGUGCCUGGCCGCCGUCAAGAAGCUCUUCAACUUCUCCGCGUGUGGCCAGAGCCAGGACUGCACCUUCGAUGGCAUCUACCAGCCGCCGGUCAGAGGGCAGUUCAUUGCCUUCUCUGCCUUCUACUAUAACUUCAAGUUCCUCAACCUGACCAAGGGGCAGACGCUGGCCGCUGUCAGGGAGACCAUUGAACGUUUCUGCACGAGAAGCUGGGAAGACCUCUCCGCCAGCUACCCUGAAGAGAAACCUCAGCGCCUGCCUAAGUACUGCACCAAUGCCAACUACAUCCUCACCCUCCUCCUCGAUGCCUACAAGUUCAAUGAGACGAGCUGGAGCAACAUCAUCUUCCAGAUGAAGGCGGGGAGCGCCGACGUGGGCUGGACGCUGGGGUACAUGCUCAACCUCACCAACAUGAUCCCAGCCGAGGCCCCGGUGUGGGUGAAGGGGCACGUUCCUUCCCUGUGGGCUGCGGCCAUCACCUUCAUCAUCCUCACCCUUGUCCUGGGACUCACUGCCCUGCUCCUGCUCCUGUGGGUGUAGGAGCCUGGCCACGUUUCAGAGCCCGGUGUGGCCUCCAUCCCACCAGCUGGCCUGUGGGGCCAUGGAGAACCAGCCUGGCCACGGACAAGCUCCCCGAGUGCCAGACAUAAUGCACUGCUGCAAGCACUUGUGACUGGGUGCUUGGUGCAAUGCUGGGUCUGGUUAUGGUCACCAACAGCCCAGCAGGUGCCUGUGAGGGGCAUGAAAUGCUCUGCAGUACCACAUCUGGCUCUCCUGAGGGUGAAUCACGUGGACUUACCUGAUGGUAUUGGAGACAGAAGCAAAAUUGAGCAUCCAAAGUCAGAAACAUGGUCUAUGCCUCCCCAAGGGUCUGUCUUGUCCCAUCACAUCUUCCCUUUCUUCUGGGAUAAAGGGAUCUAUGUUUCUGAAUGUCUGCCUGGAGAAAAACACUGUCCCACCGUCUGGGUAGUGGGACAUUCAUAUGUCCCAUCACCUGCAAACACUGUCCCACCAUCAGGCUGGACACCAUGGGGUCAGGCUCCUAGUCCUGCCCUGACCCUGCCCACGGGGCUGAGCUGGAUCCUGCCCACAACUGCCCCCCUGCCUUUGCCUUGGGGUCUACUUGGGUUUUGUCUGCCUGCAGGUGAUUCAGUGGUGCUGUGCCUCUCAGCAGUGAGGAGCUGACUGUUGGUGCCUCAGGCAUCCAAAUAAAUCGUGUGAAAGGCAGUGAUGGGGAAAUGCUGUUGC